AUGUUCCGCUCCGAGCCUCCGACAACCGGCGCCCACAACGAUCUAUAUCGUACACCUCGCGCAUCCUCUCCCGAUGACCCUGCGACCCGCUCGAUCAUGAUCGCGAAUCUGCACAAACUGAAUCUGCUUCUCACCACGAUCGAGCAGCGAUCGUUGAACAGCUCACGUACGACCAUAACGUAUGCCGAGAUCGGCAAGGCUCAAGUCAACCCUGGCCUGCCUAUCGCUGCCGACCCUGACAUCGAGACAUCUCCGCAAUCUCACGUCGGCACCGUAUCCGAAUAUGGCACAAACGUCCCCUCCGGCCUCACAAGCGCAAGCUCACAUCAUGGUGCUUUACUUCGCUGCUGCGUCUACGGCCACAGGUCGUGCAACUGA